AUGGCGCCACUUUCCAAGCAGGGCUCAAAUAGCCACGACUGGGAGAACGACUCAAACAUGAAGAAGCUCUUGGAGAAGAAGCGCAAAGCUGAAGAUGCGGAGCUAUUCAACUCGGAGGAGACAAUGGUCCUGAAGAGGAGAGCGGUCGUGAUCGCAGCUAAGCGUACUCCUCUGCCACGGAGGUUGUCAGAUCUGACUUUCGACGACGAUAUCACGCCGAGCAUUGACACUCAGCUCCACAAUGCUGCAAGAGCGAGGAGCACGAAGAAGCCCCAAGCGGCGAGGAAGGUGACCAGCAAGCGAGAGUCGAAGCCUAGGCGUAAGAGUGACCAAAACGUCACCGCAAAGAAGCAGAACGAAUUCGAUAAGGCGGCGGUGGGAACGCAGCGUCGUAGAGGACGGAUAGCAGCAGAAGGUGGUGCAAAAGCAAUUUCAUGA